AUGGCCAACGUGCAAUACCAAGCCGGCCUCAGGUACGGGCACUCCCUCGCCAUCCAACAAGUCCGUGACGUCGUAGACAAGCUCUUCCACCCUGCCGUCAUCAACUCUCUCACCAUAUUACUCGACCCCCCCUCUGGCUCUGGGCCUGAGUUCGGUGCUUUCUACCCCGAUCCUACCACUGGAAAAUUUCUAGAGGUUCCCCCUCUGCCAAUGCACGUGGCAGCUCCAGGCCCUCCUCCUCAUCCUACGCUUGAGCCUUACCUUCCUGCGGCUCAGACUCACCAACAUCCAAGCGGAGCGCUCGACUCUAUGGCUAGUUGUCUCCCCGACUCGGAGGAUCUCACCCUAGACCUACCGGUCCGGAGACGCGGCCGCCCGGCCCGUGACGCUCCCACUACCAUCGUGAAAAAAGAGGUGCAAGAAGCCGCUGCGCCAGUGCAGCCUGUGCGGAGAGGUGCCCGCACAACAAGAACUCAAGUCUCGUAUACCGAGCCUUCUCUCACCGCCGCAGAGCUAGAGGACGCUUACGAGACUUACGUCCCGAGGUCUGACCGCCAGUACCGGCGUACUCUCUACUCCGAGGCGCUCCUCGAGUCGGGUUCGGAGGAUGCUGCUCCCGUCCAGCCGGCCCGUAGACGCGGCCGCCCAAGAAAGAACGCUGUACCGGGCGAGACUCUUGUCGUGUCGGAUCUCAAGCAGGAGGAGGAAGAAGAAGAAGAAGAAGAAGAAGAAGAAGAUGCCCCUACUCCAAAGUGCGGCCGUUUGUAUAAAAUCGCCUCAUCCCCCAAGGACAGCGUUGAGGAAGACUUCACCCCAGUCCAGGCUCCCAAGAAGCGUGGCCGGGCUGGCCACCCAAGAAAGAACAUCGUGCCGGCGGCCGACAAUCUUGUCGUAGCAGAUCUCAAGCAGGAGGAGGAUGACGAGGAGGAAGAAGCCCCCGCUCCAAAGCGCGGCCGUCGGAACAACACCGCUUCAUCCCCCGAGGCCACCGCUAAAGAAGACCUGGCUCCAGUCCAAUUUCCCAAGAAGCGUGGCCGCCCAAGAAAGACAACUCCUUCACACAUUGGCCGGAACGUACUCGUUCCCUUUGAUGGAAAACUUGUCGACCAGGAGGUGAAACGUGAAAGGGGACGGAGAAAGAAGGUGGUUGUAUCUGAUACUGAUACUAACACUGCUGAGGCGUACGGAGUUGGGGCGAAGUACGAAGAAGAUUCGGAGUGGUGA